CCUACCCCCAUCAACCCCUCCUCUGAUCACCAUCCCUAUGAUCCUCAAAUAUAUAGACUCUCUCCCCUUCGUUCUGAAAUAGCUAGAUGCAUAAACACUAGCUAUAUUUGUAGUAAAUCCAAGUCUUGUGUUUCUCUGCUGACAAGUUAAACAGUGUACAGUUCGCAAAUGGCUCCUUCAGUUACCAUAAAACUUCUAAGAACCUUGUGGAUGCUCCUUGUCCUGUGUAUGUGUACCAUGCUUGCUCCCAGCUCUCAAACAGAUCUCUCACAGUGGGAGUUCUUAAAGGUGCCCUCGUCCGAAUUCGUCGACUCUGUGAAGAACACCAUCGACGCUGUACAAGAGGUGACCUCCAUUUUCUCUCCCUUUGUCAAUGCUUUUGGCGAUUUCCGCCUUUCCAAUGCUGUUUCCGACUGUCUUGAUUUGCUCGACUUAUCCGUCGACCAUUUGAGUUGGUCUGUCUCUGCUAUCGAGAAUCCGGAAGGUACUAAUAAUAGCACUGGAGAUAUGAAUUCAGAUUUGAAGACAUGGUUGAGCGCUGCAUUAGUUAACCAGGACACAUGCAAUGAAGGAUUGGAAGGCACCAAUGGCAUUGUGAAAGAAUUGGUGAGCGGUGGCCUUAACCAAGUGACCUCUUUAGUGCAGCAACUUCUUAACAUGGUGCACCCACCAAUUUCAAAAAGCCCCGGGCGUAAGCUCAAAGCAAGGAAAGACCAAUUUCCUUCAUGGGUAAAAUCCGGGGAGCGGAAGCUCCUUGAAGCUUCAAAUGGGAUAAAGGUUGAUGCUAUAGUAGCUGCAGAUGGGAGUGGGAAUUACACAAACGUGAUGGAUGCGGUCUUAGAAGCUCCUGAUUAUAGCCUAAGCCGCUAUAUUAUCUACAUCAAGAGGGGCGUGUAUAAAGAGUAUGUGGAGAUCAAGAAGAAGAAAUGGAACCUGGUGAUGAUUGGAGAUGGUAUGAAUGCCACUGUCAUUUCCGGUAAUCGGAAUUAUGUUGAUCUUUGGCCCACAUUUCGGACCGCAACCUUCGCUGUCAGUGGCAGAGGGUUCAUAGCGAGAGACAUCACAUUCGAGAACACAGCAGGGCCGGAGAAGCACCAGGCAGUUGCGCUGAGAUCCGACUCAGACCUAUCUGUGUUCUUCCGGUGCGGCAUGAGGGGAUACCAGGACACCCUCUACACGCACACAAUGCGCCAGUUUUACAGAGAAUGCCGCAUCAGUGGCACCGUCGAUUUCAUGUUCGGCGACGGCACCGUGGUGUUUCAAAACUGCCAAAUUCUGGCCAAAAAAGGUCUGCCAAAUCAAAAGAACACCAUAACCGCUCAGGGUCGCAAAGACCCAUCACAACCAACAGGCUUCUCCAUCCAAUUCUGCAACAUUUCUGCAGAUUCAGAUCUCUUAGCCUCAGUUAACUCAACGGCCACGUACUUGGGUAGACCCUGGAAACAGUACUCACGCACCAUUAUCAUGCAAUCGUACAUGAGCAAUGCCGUGAGGCCUGAAGGGUGGCUUGAGUGGAAUGCUAGUUUGCAUUUGGAUACAUUGUACUACGGUGAAUUGAUGAACUACGGUCCUGGAGCAACACAAGGCAGCCGCGUGAAGUGGCCUGGCUUUCACGUGUUUAACCAAUCCAGUCAGGCUAAUAAUUUUACGGUGAAUCAAUUCAUCGAUGGGAAUUUGUGGCUGCCUUCUACUGGUGUCAGAUACACGGCGGGUUUCCGUGUUUAAUUAAUUAGCAGUCAACAAAACUUAAUCCUUUGUGGUUAUUUAUCUUCUUCUUGUAAUCAUUUAAUUUAUAGCGGUCAUAAUGGAAAUUUUGGGUUGAUAAUAA